AUGUCCCGCCUUCUGGCAUUCAUAGGCAGCACUCCCACCCCAACAACAUCGUUCGAGCCCACCACCCUGGAUUUUGACGACCACAGCCUCAACAACACGCUCAUAUCCCGCGACCGCCCCAUCGGCUUCUUCGGCCCAGUGCGCGGUCGUCAAUACCAACUCCGCGUGAACGCCUACCGUAACGACAAAGGAGGCUGUUCAUGGCCAGAUGGAAUAGAAGCUGAGCUGACUCUUCCUCUUCCUCCUCCUUUAGCGAAAAACUUCAUGGGCGGCAUAAACCUCGACAUGAACGGACAAUGUAAAGGCUUCAAUUUCAAGCACAAGGAUCUCACGGAGAUGAUUUCCAUGUCGUUGCCUACGCGGUGGUAUUUCCCGGAGGUGAAGCAUUGUGAGGUGGCGUUUUAUCAGCAGUAUUAUUGUGAGGGGUUGUUGAUGGGGUUCUUAACAGAACGCGACGCCCGCGCGACCGAGACGAACUGCUUCGAACUCCUCGGCGCUCAUUCCGCAAAAGCAGUCUGCGGCGAGACCUGGUGGGACGUAUGGGACCAAGCCGGAAUCCCCUGGCUAGACCCCAACUCGCCCUGGUUCCUCGACGACCACGACGAAUGGCUCCUCGACGUCUCCGGCAUCGUCAUGGGCAACAAGAACUUCUUCAAGCACUGUCACCCCGGCGACGUAGAGUGCGUCCUCUGGGCCGCUACCACUUCAAAGCAACUGCAGAUCCACGACCGCGACGGUGAAAAGAGAAGGGUAUGGUUUGAGAAGAUGCAAGCGAAGGGACAGAAGUUGGACUUCUCGAAGGAUCAGUAUAGGGAGUGUGAUUGGAAUGGGAGGUGUGGGAUGAUGUGCCCGAAAGGGAAUGGAUAUAGGGUGCUUUGUGAUGGUGAUAUGAGGAAGAUGCCGAAGGGGGAGGAGUAUCCGUACAAUCAGGCUUGGGAGAUUGCGAGUCCGAACUUGCCGGGGAAUACGAUCGGUAAUCAGAGGCCGCUCGGUGCAGAGCCUCUUUCGUAG